AUGGCAAGCCAUCUUACAGUGGAGACACUUCAUUCACUGACACCGUUUCAACCAGACGGCAGCGACGCUGUCACCAGCGCAUCACGUGAUUUUCUUUUAAGUUGUAUCAAAAGUCAACCGGCAAUACACCGAGUAUUUUUCCCCAGCUUUGAACCUCCUCCAUUACUGAAGCUGGUCGAGUACAGGACUUUUCCCAUAGACGCACUGUCCACGACGUUAAUCGCAGAGGCAAUAUCAAAGCUCAAAGACCCGUAUAAUUUCUAUAGAAUUAUAAACAGAGCUGUUGUGGAAGAUCAGCUGAAGGAAGUUUAUGAAAGUCUGCAUUGGAAAAAGUUGGGGUUUCAUCUGUACACGACUCUGUACCCUGACGUUGUAAGAGAAACCAGUACAAACAUCAGACUUCGAGAUUUCAUGGGCGCAGACGGGCAUGUAUGGGCCGAGAAACUGGCGUCGCAUGUCAUGGACCCCAGGUGGCUGAGAUCCAUCCACCAAGGAAUAGUGAGAGGUCGCUACACUGAAGAUCUGUACAACAGGGACAUGAAUGCUUUGUUUGUGAAGCUUCAUCUGUUAGACCCACAGUCGGUAAUUCCAGUAUACCAGUUCCUACUCAAUCAGAAAG